AUGACUGUCAUGAUUGGACAAAUGAAGAUGAGGAUGAUCAUUCAUGCGAGGAUGAACGCAUUUAUCAUAUGCAGCUGCCUUUGUCUCACUUUAACUGGAGCGUCAGAAACUGAGCGGAAUCUCCAUCGGAAACUGUUUGAGAACUACAACAUGAAAGUGAGACCAGCUCGUUACUGGGAGGAGAAGGUGAUGGUUCGAGUGGGGAUGACCCUCUCUCAGCUCGUCAGCUUGAACGAGAAGAACGAAGAGAUGACAACUAACGUGUUCAUGAAUCUGGCAUGGACAGACUACAGGUUGUCAUGGACUCCAAAGGAUUAUGACAACAUUACUGUUUUGAGGAUUCCUCCCAACAAGGUGUGGCGUCCUGACAUCUACCUCAUAAACAAUAAUGACGGUCAAUUUGACGUGGCUCUGUACGUCAACGUCUUGGUUUACAGUGAUGGGACAGUUAACUGGCUUCCCCCAGCUAUAUACCGCAGCUCCUGUUCUAUAGAGGUGUCGUACUUCCCAUUUGACUGGCAGAACUGCAGCAUGAUUUUCCGCUCGUACACCUAUGAUGCCUCUGAGGUGGACCUGCAGUACUUUCUGGACGAUCACAGCCAAGAGAUUCAAGAGAUUGUUAUAGAUGAGAAUGCUUUCACUGAAAAUGGAGAAUGGGCCAUCUGUCACAAGCCCUCCAGAAAGAACGUUAAGGACGACCUGUACGAGGACAUCACCUUCUACCUCAUCAUCCAGAGGAAGCCUCUUUUCUACAUCAUCAACAUCAUCGUGCCCUGCAUCCUCACCAGCGUGUUGGCUAUUUUUGUUUUCUACUUGCCUCCUGGAGCAGGAGAGAAGAUGACUCUCUCCAUCUCCGUCCUCAUCGCUCUGACUGUCUUCAUGCUUCUGCUGGCUGACAAGGUCCCCGAGACUUCCCUCGGCAUCCCAAUUAUUGUCAACUACGUCAUGUUCACCAUGAUCCUGGUCACCUUCUCUGUCAUCCUCAGUGUAGUCGUCCUUAAUCUGCAUCAUAGGACACCCAGCACACACAUCAUGCCGAACUGGGUUCGAAAGGUAUUCAUUCAUAUCCUGCCCAAGUACAUCGGCAUGAUGAGGCCGAACCCAGAGGAACCUCUGUUGAAGGAGGAGUCUAGUGAGGAUUCGCCCGUCCAAAGCUUCAAUGGCAGGCGGCCUGGAGGAGAGUACUUCUUUCGUAAGAUCAACCCUGAUCUCGUCCUACCCUGGAGAGGCAGGUGUGAGAGCACAGUGCACCUCCAGCGGCUCCCGGACACUGACAGCUACUGUCUGAUCCUCCCUCCCAACCUGAAGUCAGCCAUCGCUGCCGUGACAUACAUGGCCGAGCAGCUAAAGAAGCAGGACACGGACGACACGAUGACAGGAGACUGGCAGUUCAUCGCACUCGUGGUGGACCGUCUCUUCCUGUGGUUGUUUGUCAUCAUCACCACCCUGGGAACUCUGGCCAUGUUCUUGGAUGCCAGUUUCAACUACACUCCUGACAACCCCUUCCCAUAG